GCCACCCUACCACACAAUCCCGCGGCCUAUAAUGCAUGUUCCAAGGUCUAUAUACUUAUAUAAACCUUCGGCUUGUUCCUCUACGAACACGCGCCACAGGUCUGCUAGGGACCAACUGUGACUCUGAAAUAUCGUCAAUAUAACGUCACAAUUUCGCUAAGCUCAGUAAAGUCAGGAAAGACAACGUCAAUGUGAAUCGUUUUUGUUGUUGUUGUUCUAACGUCUCAUAUUCAUCUUUCUCUCUAUGUAUUACGUUUACCUUCAGGUACGGGCCAUCAUGACGUUAACAACACUCCUGGUCCUCUACACCCUGUUCAACCAAGUGUCCAGCGCCCUCCCGGACACCGCCUACAUCAAGAUGAUCGACAUGUGGUUUUUCUUCUGUAUCUUCCUCAUCUUCAGCGUCAUCAUCGUCCACAUCAGCGUCGAGCGGCUUGAACCCGGGGAAGCAAGGCCCUCAAAGACGAUCCGCGUGUCGCCGGUGCAGCAGAUGCGUCCGGAGGGCAGAUGGCUAAGCAUCACCGCCACUCAGGUCCUCGAGGUCAGCAGGAGAAUAGUGUUUCCUCUCAUCGUGUCUGUCUUUGCCCUCGUGUAUUGGCUGGCUAUUUUUAUCCACUGA